AAUGCCAGUUUAUCAAAGGUUUGCAGAAAACAAUAAAUUAAUAGAAAUUUUAUUAUUCAAAAAAUGAGGUGCAAGCAUCUUCUAAUCUUUUAAAAACCUUUGUAAUAAUAUUUUGAAGUUUUGAGCUAAUAAAGUAGCAUACGUAUAAUUUCUUAAUAGACUGAUCAAUAAAAUUGUAUACAGAAAUUCCCGUGAAAAAUUGCAGUUUAAGAAAUUUUCUAGAAAAAUUUGUUUUGUGAAAAUGAGUAAGCCAGCAACAAACAAUUUAACAGACAUAGAAUUGAAAGAUCAUGGGAAUAAACUUUUCUCAGCCAAAAAGUUUGAAGAUGCGAUAACAUGUUAUUCGAAAGCAAUUAUUAAAAACCCCAACAAUGCCACUUAUUUUACGAAUCGUGCUCUUUGCUACAUAAAACUAAAGAAAUUUGAUUUAGCUUGUCAAGACUGCCGGCGGGCUCUCGAUAUGGAUCAGAAUCUGAUCAAAGGGCAUUUUUUCUUGGGAUUAAGUUUAAUGGAACUUCAAUCUUAUGAUGAAGCUAUUAAACAUCUUCAGAGAGCUCAAGAUCUGGGCAAAGAACAAAAAUUGAAUUUCGGUGAUGAUAUUGCAUCGCAAUUACGAAUGGCAAGAAAAAAACGUUGGAAUUUGCUUGAAGAAAAAAGAAUUGCUCAGGAAAUUGAAUUACAAACAUAUUUAAAUCAACUCAUUAAAGAAGAUAUGGAGAAACGUUUAGAAAAAUUAAAAAUUGAUGACAAACUAUCUGAAGAUUUACACGAAGAAGAAUGUUCAAAGAUUGAACAGCAAUGUGAAAAUUAUACGACUGAACUGAAUAAUAUGUUUGUAAAGGUUGAUGACCGUCGCCGUAAACGUGAAGUUCCAGAUUUUAUUUGCGGAAAAAUAAGCUUUGAAAUUCUUCAAGAUCCCGUCAUUACACCAUCCGGUAUCACAUACGAAAGAAAAGACAUCGAAGAACAUUUGCAACGUGUUGGCCAUUUUGAUCCUGUUACUCGUGUUCCUUUAUCAGUUGAACAACUGAUACCAAAUUUCUCAAUGAAAGAAGUCGUCGACACUUUCAUUCAGGAGAACGAAUGGGCAUUGGAAUAUUAAGUUUCUUUGAGUUUAUCUGUAAAUAUGCUUUUCUUUCCUUACAUCAUAAAUCUUUAUUUUCUUCCACUUUGUUCAUGUUACAAUAAAAGAUUUUGUUUUCUUUAAUAAAUUUUAUUUUCAAAACAAAGGAACAAA